AUGCAUUUAUCCGUAGCUGGCACGAGUUCCGUACGCCAAGCUGCAUGCAACUACAAACUAAAUAUCAACCACGGGCAAAUUGCCAUGCUAUCUUACGUUGGCUUUGCUUUGGCCUAUCAUUGUAGAGAAUUGAGUAUGGAGAAUUCAAACCAGCAGAAGGAAUGCGAACUCGCAAUCGGCUGCGGUAGUCAUGCCUACUUGCAGGAGAAGCAAGCACUCAGCAGCCAUACGAAAAUUCCACAAAAGUUCUCUCCGUAG